AUGCACAACUCCAGAAAUGGCUAUUCUCCUUCUGCUCCGAAUCCAUCUGAUUGGUAUGAUCACUCGGGUACACGAUCCUCCGGUUGGCGAGUGCCUGCUUUCUCUCCAAGGAACGCUUGGUCCAGGACUGAUUCUUCUCAGUUAGUUAACAGGCGUUUGCUCGAUGAUGAUCCUUCAGCCGCUUACUCAAGAACAGAGAUUUCAUCAUUCAUAGAUUCACAUACUCGGAUCCGUACCGGCAACAACCGGCGGAGGCAGCAACUCGAGGCACUAAGGCAAGCCGUUCACAACCAACCGGCUAGACCUGAGAACAACUCAACAUCAGCAUCAUCACAAGCCAGAGAAGAAGACCAUGUUCUGAAACACCUAACAAAGGAAACAUAUAACCCGCUCCCCAAAAGCCUGCUUCUCAGAAACCUAAGCUUAUACUACAGAAACAAAACCACAGGAAGCGAAAAUUCAAGAAACAAUCGAGAUCUCUCCGGUGGUGAAGAAGAAGAAGAGAAGAGAUGCAGUGUGUGUUUAGAAGACUUUGAGCCCAAGGAAACAGUGAUGCUCACUCCUUGCAAACACAUGUUUCACGAGGAUUGUAUAGUUCCAUGGUUGAAGAGCAAAGGACAGUGUCCUCUCUGUAGAUCCGUCAUACUCAAGCCGGCAAACCGAGAUUCUUCUUCUCCGGCUGUUGACUCAUCAAAUCUCGCCGGGGACAUGACUGCGAACGAUCUCUUCACAUUACAGCUUAUGUCUGUGGUAAGAGCAAUGGAGGAAACUUUCCUUUUUGGGUAUCAUCGUCGCAUGUAG